AUGGCCUCACCUCACCAACGACCCCUCCUCCGCCCCUCGGUAUCUUCGCGACUCUCGAUAGCAAUCUCAACUCGCUCCGCUGAAGCUGGGGAGGCGCAACACGAAGAUGGCGAGCAGAUUGAUGAAGAGAUAGAGGAGAUUAGGCGCUAUGAAGUAAUGCUCCAUACCCUAGCCCCACCCAAGCUCCGUUGCUGUGCGAACCUGCUGAUGAGGUUAACCUAGGACUUUACGACGAUAGGUACGUUUGCCCACCGCCCCGACAAGAUGAAUAGUGGAAGGUGGGGUUCAUGGCGUUGGAUGAAUAGAUUGGGUGCAGGACGCUGCGCGAGCGCAGUUUCAGCGGCGAAUUCAGAAACGGAAGGAGGGGUAUUAUGUUGGUACAAAUUGGAGGAGGAAGCUUUGGUUGUCCUAUGAUGCCGGUCAGGCGUGGAUCGUUAUUAGCUUGAUCGGUACUCGCCUUUCGCUCCCUCGCCGUUUUUUUCUUAGCUGUUGUUUUUGCUAACAUGGGGUUUAGGCGCAUGUAUCGGCCUCAAUGCCUCGUUCUUGAAUAUUGCCACAGAGUGGUUAUCGGAUAUUAAGUUGGGACAUUGCACAACGGCGUUUUACCUCAAUGAGAAUUUCUGCUGUUGGGGCGCAGAAGAUGGUGGGUUUGGGCUAGCCGGGUUUGGGGGUUUUUGGAGGGGAGUGGAGGGCUGAUUUUUCGAUUUUUCUUUCCUUGCUUGGAGGGUUUAGGCUGCCCGGAGUGGAAAACAUGGAGCACAAUUUGGCCGGCGAAUUACCUGCUCUACAUUUUGUUUUCGGUAGGUUUUUGACUCCUUCUUGCCCUACUCGUACCAGAAAAUGGCGAUUGGAAACUACUUUGGAUGUAUGGGCCAUCCCGGGUCGUGCUGCCCGGAUACCGGUGGUUUGUUUCGGGAAUGUUAGUUGAGCUGACGUCUUGCAGAUACUCUUUGCAUAUACCAGUGCUAUCCUCGUUAAAUCCUUUGCUCCAUAUGCUGCCGGCUCGGGUAUCUCCGAAAUCAAAUGCAUUCUCGCCGGCUUUGUCAUGAAGGGCUUUCUGGGUGGGUGGACACUACUAAUAAAGUCUAUCGGCCUCCCGCUCGCCAUUGCCUCGGGACUGAGUGUGGGUAAGGAGGGUCCCAGUGUGCAUUAUGCGGUAUGCACCGGGAACGUGAUCAGCAGGUUCUUCGACAAGUACAGGAAGAAUGCAGCGAAAACCAGGGAAAUCUUGUCUGCCUGUGCCGCCGCGGGUGUUGCCGUUGCCUUCGGGAGUCCAAUCGGGGGCGUAAUUUUUUCCCUUGAGGUCGGUUUCAUUUCCUAGUGCGGCUAGUGUGGAAGUGAUCGUUAAUGCUGGAAAAAGGAAAUGUCGUCGAAUUUUCCCCUCAAAACAAUGUGGAGGAGUUAUUUCUGCGCGCUGGUGGCCACUGCCGUUCUCGCUGUGAGUGAGAUUCUUGACCUUUUUUUCCGUCUUAGUCACUAAUAUAAGAAGGCUAUGAACCCUUUUCGAACCGGCCAACUUGUCAUGUUUCAGGUUACCUAUGAUCGGGACUGGCACUUUUUUGAGAUCGUUUUCUUCGUAAUUAUCGGUAUAUUUGGCGGGCUUUACGGCGAGUUCGUCAUCAAAUGGAAUUUACGAGCUCAAUCCUUCCGCAAAAAAUAUCUAAAGCAAUGGGCGAUCGCAGAGGCUACCUUUCUGGCAGGGAUCACUGCCGUGAUUUGUUACUCCAAUAUGUUCCUGAGAAUAGACAUGACAGAAAGCAUGGAGAUCCUGUUUCACGAAUGCGAAGGUGGACACGACUAUAAUGGACUUUGCGAGUGAGAACUUUGGGAACCAACCCCGAGAGUGUAAAUAUUCUGACAAUCUGUGAAGGAGCAGUCGGAGAUGGCAUAUGGUCACGUCGCUCACCAUCGCGACUGUAGUCCGAGUGUUCCUUGUCAUCAUCUCUUACGGCUGCAAAGUGCCCGCCGGGAUCUUUGUGCCGUCCAUGGCUAUCGGAGCAUCCUUCGGUCGAACGGUCGGGAUCUUAGUUCAAGCACUCCACGAAGCUGCCCCGAACUCCAAAUUCUUUGCUAGCUGCCAACCAGACAUACCCGUAAGUGUAUCUGCACCUGCACUGCGUAACCUAGACCCAGCCCUCCUGCUAACACCUGCUAAGUGUAUCACACCGGGGACGUAUGCGUUCCUUGGUGCUGCAGCUGCACUUAGCGGUAUCAUGCACAUUACGGUUUCUGUGGUGGUCAUUAUGUUUGAGCUGACGGGUGCAUUAACCUACAUUCUCCCCACAAUGGUACGUUACUUUCAUCUCCCCAAACACCCCACCCUCUGCCCCCCUUGGUGUCGUGCGUGCGCAUAUAUACGAGUUGGCGCAGUACCGUGCACACAUAAAACACACGUCCACAGUGGAAGGGGGGGGGGGGGGGGGGGCUACCAAUGAUGGUCGAUAAUGAUAACCACAAAACCACAGAUAGUAGUUGGCGUGACAAAAGCUGUCAGUGGUCGUUUUGGCAAAGCGGGCAUCGCAGACCGGAUGAUAUGGUUCAAUGGGUUCCCGUUCCUAGAUAACAAAGAGGACCACUCGUUUGGGGUACCAGUAUCUCAUGUGAUGAAUCAGGAGUUAGUUGUGCUCCCAUCAACGGGCAUGGCCAUCCGAGAAGUCGGUAAUGUUCCCCCCCACCUUUCUCGAUAUAUGAAAACUCUCCUAUCAUUUUAAAAAGGCGCACCACGUUUAUAGGGGUUGUUGCCUAUAUACCGCUCAUACUAAUAUUCGCGUUCACCGACAGAAACAAUUCUCGAGUCCACAGAAUUCCAAGGAUUCCCGAUUGUGCAGGACAGAAAUUCAAAGUUGCUCAUAGGUUACAUUAACAGAACAGAGCUCAAGUACAGCAUUGGUAAUUAUUAACUUCCCCUCCCUUCUCUUCCUUUCCCCGUCCCACUCCCCACAUUCAAUACCCAAUAUGGUACCCCACACCCGCGCAACCACAAACCCACACCUAGAAGCGUGCGUGCGUGUAUUGCCCCGCAUGAAAAAACACCACCACCCGACCGGGCCCGGUAGUUGCAAAAAAAAAAAAACCUGGAUAAAUAACAACUUUACCUACCGUACAUUGCCUCUACCACACUGUACCCAACCGGCCCUUGGUACCAUCUGAAGAAGAAGAAAAAAAUUGAAAAAAGCACUAACCUUCUCAUUUACCCUGAAGAUCGUGCCAAGCGCGAACGUACUAUUCCACCCACCUCCCGCUGCUACUUCCUGUCCGCCGACCAAGCACAGACACCAGCCUCAACCGUAGGAGUGACCGUAGUCAACGCUGGUGGCGCGGGGCAUCCCUCGUCGGGCUCGUUAUCGCUGGAUUUUGCCAGGUUCAUCGACCCAACGCCAUUGACCGUGCACCCGCGCCUGCCUCUCGAGACGGUGAUGGAGAUCUUCAAGAAGGUGGGGCCCAGGGUCGUGCUCGUGGAGCAUAGGGGCAAGCUGUCCGGUGUGGUGACGAGGAAGGACGUGCUCAAGUUUCAGUUCAAGGUGGAGAAUAGGGAGAACCCCCGCGACGAUAGUGCUGAGGUUGAGAGGGAGGAGAAGUUGUGGGGGAUCAUAGUUGGUGUUUCGUUGUGGCUACGUAGGAAGGUGUUGAGGCAGGAGGUGCCCCCAACUGGGGGGGAAAGGGUUACAGGUAUUGAUGAUAGCCAGGAUGGAAUUCUCGACGUCGAGGCCUCUCCUAUGGAUUUGGAACUCGAUGAACGGCGGUAAUGAUAAGGAUUUUGAUCGUUAUUCAGCAAUAUUUCUUUCCCCCCCCCCCCUUCCUCUCCUUCCAUCACUUUCACACUAGACGGUUCACACCUGUAAAUACGCUUCGCUUCGCUAGAGGUUCUAUAUUGGUAAAACAGAAAGUUUAUUUAUCUAUCUAUGGAUGGUCCUCAUCCCCUAGACUAU